AUGUCUUCACAAUCGACCAAAAUGGUGCUGCCGGGCUCUUCUCAGCCUGCGCCUGGCUCCCCCGGCUCCUCUAUAUAUUCACCUUCACCAACUCCUUCAACAAAUCUCGUUCCGCUUAACAAACUUCCUGUGGACAAGUCGGAACCAGCACAGGAACAGCGUCCUCGCAAGUCAAGAAAGAAACUUAUUAUUAUCAUCGUCGGCGCUAUGACCGUACUGUUAACGACAUUAAUAGUGUCUCUUGCCUUGGUAUUGCACCACAGAGGCUCAAAAGCGCAGCCUAUGAAUAAUGGCCCUCUCGUCGAGCUUGACUAUGCAAAGUACUUGGGUACUCCAGGAGGUUACAAUGUCACAAGCUGGCUUGGAAUCCGUUACGCCGCACCGCCUGUAGGAGACUUGCGAUUUGCCGCUCCUCAAGACCCGAAGAAGGAGGGUGGUAUUCAACGCGCGAACUCUCGCGGACCACAUUGCAUUUCCACCAACAGCAAAAGUGUGACAAGGAUAUCGGAGGACUGUCUGCGUUUGAAUGUUUUUGCACCGUCGAAUCCACACCCUAACUCGAAGCUCCCUGUCUUUUUCUUCAUCCUGGGAGGCGGAUUCAAUAUCAAUAGCGACCCCUUUCUUAACGGGACUGGGCUAGUUGCUGCUUCGGGGCAUAACAUAAUCGUCGUCACUUUCACUUACCGUGUAUCCUUGUAUGGAUUCUUGCCUGGAAAAGAGAUAGAGAAGGGUGCGAGUCUAAAUAAUGGUCUGAAAGAUCAAAUAAAGGCGCUGAAGUGGGUUAAGAAGUACAUCUCAAAGUUUGGUGGCGACCCUGAUCAGGUUGUGAUAGGAGGUCAUAGUGCUGGUGCGGCUUCUGUUGCACAUCUCCUGACUGCCUAUGGAGGGCGAAAUGACAACCUAUUCCACGGAGCCAUCGCCGGAUCGCCAUCAUUCGGAACAACUUUGGCCAAUAAUCAAUCCCAAUAUUUGUAUGAUACCUUGGUUAAAAGAACGGGAUGUGAUACUCACCAAGAUUCACUGGCCUGUCUUCGAAAGCUCAAUGUCAACAAGCUGCAGGAGCACAACUUGGGUGUCCCGUUGCCCGACUCCAGUGGUCCUCCUCUCUUUGCAUACAGCCCAGUCAUUGAUGGUGAUUUGAUUCAAGACACGUUCUACAACCUCUUCAACCAAGGCAAAUUUAUCGACGUCCCGACCGUUAUGGGAGGCGACUCAAAUGAAGGAACGAUUUUCGCUCCCCAUAACACAUCAACUAUGGAAGAAUCCGACCGUUGGCUCUCGCGACAAUUCCCUGCUCUUCAACACCAUCAUUUCGAGAAGCUUCAUGAACUCUACCCAGAACCAGAAGUUCGAUAUCAAGGAGCCGGCGCGUAUUGGACACAGUUAAGUGAGCUCUAUGGUGACAUGCGCUAUACCUGCCCUGCUAUGGCGAUAUGCCGAACGAUGAGCAAAUCGUUCAAAAGCGACAAGUGGAAUUACGAGUAUCACGCACAAGAUCACCGCUUUACGAAGAAUGGCUACGGAGCCACUCAUACCGUCGAAUUGAACGCCAUCUUCGGACCGGCAUUCCUUGGUCGAAAAGCAGCGUCAUCAUACAAUAGCCCGGAGAAUGGCCCGAUAGUCCCUAUUGUUCAGGGAUAUUGGACGAGUUUUAUCAGAACAUUGGACCCCAACAAGUUCCGGGCAAAAGGCAGCCCUGAAUGGAAACCAAGUGUCCAAGACACGGAUAUCUCGAAGCCAUUACAUAGGCUCUACUUUGAAACAAAUGAUACAAAGAUGAUAGUUGAAGAUGAGCACCUGAAAAGGAAAUGCGAUUAUCUGACAAGCAUUGGACCGCACCUGAUGCAAUGA